AUUUCCGGGUAUAAAGCAGACAAUGGCAGACACGAUGGACUUGGACAAGGCCGGGCCAGGACCAGGGUCUGCGCGCUCGAGGGGUCGGCUGCCGGCGCAGUUGAGGACGCUCGUGUGCGAAAGGGCAGUGCUGGACCGAGCGGAUGGUUCCGCCAAGUGGACGCAGGAGGGCAGCAGCGUGCUGGCCGCGGUGUAUGGGCCACGGCAAGCAAAGCUACAGAAGGAGGACGCGGAAAGGGCCGUCGUAGAAGUGGUCUUCAAGCCCCGGGCGGGGUUACAAGGCCACGAGGACCGGUCGUUAGAGCUCGAAAUUCGCGGCAUCCUGGAGGGCGUUAUCCCGCUGGGCAUGUUCCCCCGCACCAGCGUAAUGGUAGUGCUGCAGGUGCUCCAGGAUGACGGCGGGGCGCUAUCGUGCGCGCUCAAUGCGGCAGCGGCAGCGCUGGUGGACGCGGGCGUGCCCCUCAACUCCAUGUUCUCCUCGGUCAGCUGCGUGCUGACGUCAGACAGGCGGCUGGUCCUGGACCCGGACGCGUUGGAAGAGCAGGCCGCCGCCGCGCGCUUCUGUUUCACCUACCCGCACCACUUCGACCUGACCACGGCGGUGCCAGCCGCCGCCACCGGCGCCACCACAGCCUCGCCAGGUGCCGAUGACGCCUCGGCGACUGCGGUGGUGGGCGAGUCGGUUCUGGGCAGUCGCUGUGUGGGCGCCUUCAGCGGCGACGAGCUUCUGGAUGCCGCGGCGCUGUGCCGGCGUGGCUGCGAGCGCGUGGCGACGUUUGCCCGGCUCAGCCUCGCCAAGAGCCUACAGGCGGCGGGAGGCGCGUAAUGGCGACAGCAGCAGUGGCAGUGGCAGUGCCCGAGUGGUGGGGGUGAAUGGUGGCGGUAUGGUGCCGUGGGGACUGCGGAUGCUUGUGAGCGCUUGGUAUAGUAAGAGCAUAGCGCGCGGCAACACGGGGGGAAGGGGGCCCCGGAUGCUGCCGGCGUUUAGGUCGCUGGGCAGCCCGAGACAGUGCCCCGUAUUGACUUGGUACUGCGUGUUCUUGAGCCUGGUGCGCGCCCCCCAAUGCAUUCUAGGCGCUAGGGCACGACCUUAGGACAUGCAGUGGCGGUGGGGCAUGGUCGGGUGACGUGAGCGGUGCGAUUGUCAGGGUAUCCUGCACAUGGCGGCGGGUGCCAUUAAGGCAGGCGGUCGGUAGGUCGGUGGCGCAACGCGGAAGCGGCUGGGCGUUGAGCAGGGGUCUUGUAGGCGUGUGGGGCCGGAUGUAAUCCAUGCCGUUCUCGCCUGGGCAAGGGACAAGCCAGGUAGUUACUACAAGGGAAGGACCUGGGGGCCGUUUGGGCCCUAUGCGUGUUGCAUGGCACGGGGCCACGGUAAACAAAAGUGUGAUACUUGGACAAGGCGCACGGACAAGACGCCAGGAGUCCUUAGUUUCGGGGAG